AUGGUUAGGCUCCCAACCAAGGGAAAUGUAACAGAACUCGGUAAAUCAUAUAGUCGAGCACUUAAACGAUUUUACGCUCUAGAACGUUCUUUAAACAAACAACCUGAUCUUAAAAUGCAAUAUACUGAAUUUUUGAAGGAUUAUGAGGAUUUAGGUCACAUGACGGAAAUCGCGUCAGAUUCUUUUUCGGACGGUUAUUUUUUGCCUCAUCACCCCGUAAUUAAAAAGUCAAGUUUGACAACGAAACUCCGUGUAGUUUUCGACGCCUCGGCAAAAACAUCAACAGGAAUAUCUCUAAAUGAUGUGCUCAUGGUAGGUCCCAAUCUCCAAGAUGAUCUCUUUUCUUUAUUGGUACGCUUUCGAUCUCACGUGUAUGCGAUAACUGCCGAUAUCACGAAAAUGUACCGCCAAAUCGAACUUCAUCCCGAUGAUCGCAAAUUUCUUUGGCGAGAAAAUUGUGAUCAACCUAUAAAAAUCUUCGCUUUAAAUACAGUUACAUACGGGACUGCUUCUGCCUCUUUUUUAGCAACACGUUCGUUAAUUCAAUUGGCUAAUGAUGUGCAAGAAUCAUAUCCUAACGCAGCUACUGCAUUAAAAGAAGAUUUUUAUGUAGACGAUUUAGUUUCCGGUAAGCGUGAAUUUAACGAAGCUAAAAAUUUAGUAAACGAUUUAAUUAGCGUUUCGGAAUACGGCGCAAUGCCGCUGAGACAAUGGGCUUCAAAUGAACCUGAUCUUAUCUCUGAUCUGUCAAAGGAAUCUAAUGAUACUCAUAUUUGCUUGAAUUUCGGAGAAACUACUAAAAGGUUAGGCAUCUAUUGGAACCCUAGAUCCGAUUCUCUAAAAUAUUCAGUUACAAAAUCUAAUAUCGAUACAUCCGUCACAAAAAGAACAAUAUUAUCCCAAAUUGCACAAUUAUUUGAUCCUCUCGGGCUUUUAGGGCCUGUCAUUUUACAGGCAAAAAUUAUGAUGCAAUCAUUGUGGUUACUGGAACUAGAUUGGGACGAGUCUGUUCCUCAACAAGUGUAUACAGCUUGGUCUGAUUUUCAAAAUCAACUUCCCCUUUUACAUGAAUUAAAUAUCGAUCGAAAAAUAGUUCUCAAUGAUUAUUCACGUUUAGAGAUGCACGGGUUCUGUGAUGCCAGUGAGAAGGCUUACGGAGCUUGUGUCUAUCUUCGAUCCAUUAACAAUCAAGGGAAAGUUGAUACACAUUUGAUAUGCUCUAAAUCGCGAGUCGCUCCUCUUAAAAAUUUAACGUUACCUCGUCUCGAACUUUGUGCUGCUUUACUAUUAUGUAACUUAUUUAAAUCAACAUCUCACGCGUUGCGCAGAUUAACAGUUCAAAGGGUAAUUUUUUGGUCGGACUCGACAAUUGCUCUACAUUGGAUCAAAAGCCCUCCUCACACAUUAAAAACAUUUGAAUCAAAUCGAGUUGCUAAAAUCCAAGAAAUUUCGAAUCAAUACGAAUGGCGUCAUGUUCGAACUGAACAUAAUCCGGCGGAUCUAGUUUCGCGAGGUCUUUCUCCCAGAGAAAUCAUACAAAACUCCUUUUGGUUCAAUGGUCCUUUAUGGAUAAAUGACCAUGAUGAAAACUGGCCUAUUUCGAUUGUAGGAUCUAAACCGGCAUCAGGUAUAGAAAAGGUAACUGUCAAUUUAACGUGCAAGGGCAAAAAUAAAGUUGAAAGGGAAAAUUGCGAGAACGAAUUCGCUAAUGAUCUCUUUAAACUAUCAAGCUCUUUUCUCAAGCUUUUACGAAUAAUAGCUUAUUGCCAACGAUUCAUCAAUAUAAAAGUCCGUAAUCAAGUACUUGUUGGCUCUCUUUCUCCAGAUGAAUUAAAAAAAAGCGAAAUCUGCUUAAUGAGACUUACUCAACAAGCAACAUUUCCAGAUGAAAUAAAGGAUUUAAAAUUGAAAGGUUCAAUUAAUGGUAAACUAUCACCUUUAAGUCCUUUUCUAGAUUCCAAGGGUAUUCUUAGAGUUGGAGGUAGAUUAAAUCAAUCCGAUCUCAAUUAUGAUCGUAAACAUCCAAUUCUAUUAAUUAAAAAUCAUAUCGUGACUAAUCUUAUAAUUCGAGAUCAACACUUAAAAUCAUUACAUGCGGGCACGCAAGCCACUCUCAAUGCAAUUCGGAGCAAUUAUUGGAUUAUUGAUGGUAAAAAUGCCGUAAAAAAUUGA